UGUGUCGCGCAGUCGAAACCAGAUCUCUUGCCCCACGAUCAAACCCUAAGGCGAAACAUCUAGCCCUAGCGUUACUCAAUUCGUUCUGCAGCAACAAUGGCGGUGGAGACGGCUCCAACACGGUCGAGCAAGCUCCGGUGGGGGGAGCUUGACGAAGACGACGGCGAGGAUCUCGACUUCCUGCUUCCGCCGCGCCAAGUGAUUGGGCCGGACGAGAACGGGGUGAAGAGGGUGGUGGAGUACAAGUUCAACGCCGAGGGCAACAAGGUCAAGAUCACUUCCACUAUCCGCGUUCGCAAGCUGGCCCACGCUCGCCUUAGCAAGCGGGCCAUUGAACGUCGAUCCUGGCCCAAGUUCGGCGACGCCGUCCACGAGGACGUUGGUAGCCGCCUUACCAUGAUCUCCACCGAAGAGAUCGUCCUCGAGCGCCCUAGGGCUCCCGGUAGCAAACCAGAAGAAACAAAGGCUGCAGGGGAUCCCUUGGAUCAACUUGCAAAACCUGGUGCAGUUCUCAUGGUGUGUAGGACCUGUGGUAAAAAGGGUGAUCACUGGACAUCAAGGUGCCCUUACAAAGAUCUAGCUCCACAGAGCGAGGGCUUCACUGACAAGCCUCCGGCAUCAGAAUUACCAAAUUCUACUCCUGGCCCCGGCAAGGCAACAACCUAUGUUCCUCCGGGCAUGAGAGCAGGCGCAGAGAGAAGUGGGGGGACUGAAAUGAGACGCAGGAACGAUGAGAACUCUGUCCGGGUCACCAACCUCUCAGAGGACACCAGGGAAGAUGACCUGCAUGAGUUGUUCCGUACGUUCGGUCCAGUGAGCCGAGUGUACGUUGCUAUUGAUCAGAAGACUGGAAUGAGCAGAGGCUUUGGUUUCGUUAACUUCGUGAAUAGGGAGCAUGCUGAGAGAGCCAUUAACAAACUCAACGGGUAUGGCUAUGACAACCUCAUUCUCAGAGUUGAAUGGGCUGCACCGAGGCCAAACUAGCGACUUUUAACUUCUAACACAGCUUAUUUCACCUUUUUGCUGCUUGGAACGAUAAGCGGUGGUACUAUUUUCCAGAGGGAUUGUCUUCUUCCAUCAUGCCAUGCCAUGCCAUUUGGAGAAAAUUUUGUGGAUUUGUGUUAUGAAAUAUUCCUAUCUUAAAAUUUCGAUCAGAUUUUUAA